GAGGCGUGUGUUGUACCUCACGGGUGCCUUGGAAACCAACACAAUCAUUAUAUUCUGAAAUCAUCAUGUAACAAUAUUGAUUUUUAUGUUAUAGAUUACGCAACCUGAGCUGAUCAGUCGCCAUGCAGCAAUACAAAUAUUUUUUCUUUCAGAUCACUCACCCUGGUAUAAUGACAUCGAUUAGUGACAUUGGGAUAGACCAUACUAGCGGUAGACCCCUCUGGCAUAACGAUAUUGAACAAUGGUUAUGGGAUUUGGGGAUAAGAAUCGAUGAUUAUAAUUAUGAUGAUGAUGAUUAUGAUUAUAAUGAUGAAGAUGAUGACAACAAUAAAUACGAUAAUGGAGACAUUGAUGAAAACGAUGAUGAAGACAAUAGUGAAGAUGACAAUGGUGAAGAUGGUGACGAUAAUGAAGACGAUGAAGAAGACAAUGAAGAUAAUGAAUAAACAUUUUGAACUUUACAUUAAUAAUAAUAAAAAUAAUUAUUU